AUGAAUCUAAUAGCAGCGACUUUCACGGCUCAGCUGGGACUCCUCAUAGCCGGCCAAACAGCGAGCACUGUCACUACUGCUCUGUGCACAGCCUUGGCGGCGAUCUUACACUACGUCUGGCUGGCUUCAUUCUCGUGGACCUCGUGCCUCGCUCUGGGCCUCAGUCGCACAUUGGGUAACCCUACUGGCAAGCAGCGACAACUGCAAAGCAAGAUGCAGACGGCUAAGCUGAACGCCCUCUAUGGCUGGGGAGGGCCAGGGCUAAUCGUGGCUGCAUGCUUGAUCGUUCACUUCGCCGGUCACCAGAACCGGGAUGUCUUAGUCUACGGAGGGGAAAGCGCGUGCUGGAUUCAACCCAAGGAAGCAAACCUGGUUGUUUUUGGGGUACCAGUGAUAUUGUCUCUCCUCGCCAAUGUUGGUAUGUUUGCGAAGUCUGUGCUAGGUUUACGGGCGUCUAAGAAGGCUACGAGACGUCUAAAUGCACAUGUCUCCUUUAUCCAACGUGCCAGACUGGAACUCACCAUUUACGUUAAGGUCUCAUUGCUGAUGGGGUUUUCGUGGUCCUGGGCUCUCAUCGGUGCCUUUACCAGAAUCGACGCCUUCUGGUUCGUUUUCAUCAUCUUCAACUCCUUCCAGGGUGCCUAUGUGUUCAUAGCAUUCGUCUGCAACGCGAGGGUGCUGCGCAUGCUCCAGAUGAGGCUGGGGCUACCGGGUAGAAGUAACCAAUCACAAGCUGCCUAUCAUACAACGCGGGCAACACGGAUGAUGCAGGUGACAUCAGCGUCUAAUAAGAACAUUAGUUCCACUACUCAGUGA